AUUAAGACCGUGCGCGCUGUCUGACACGUUCAUCUCGGCUGCACGGAGCCUGUUGCUGCACGCCCUCUGUCUCUUCCGUGAAAACAUUUGCUCCGCCGUCGGCCUCAGACCACUCCCUCUCUCGUUGUGAACGGAAGAGCAGCCCAGUCUUUACUUGUCACAGUGUUGCCACCAGACGGUUUUUUUUCCUUCUUCAGGAUUAUGAGUUGGGCCGAGAAUGGCGGAGGCCAGCGCACUUGAGGAGCUCCAGUCGGAGCUGACCUGCCCGGUGUGUUUGGAGCUGUUCCGUGACCCGGUGAUCCUCGAGUGCGGACACCACUUUUGCCAGGUGUGCAUCAUCCAGUGCUGGGAAGCCAAGGCGGACGAGCUGUCGAACUGCCCGAAGUGUAGAAAGUCGUGCGCGCGCAAACUGCGACCCAACUCGCUCCUGUGCAACGUCGUGGACAGCGUGCGCAGAGCCCGGACCAUGGACACGGCCGCGGGGUUAAUCGGGUGGCACCCGGAAGGCGCGCCGGAGGAGCCGGAGGAACGGGAGCGCGGGUCCAGCAUGACCAGCGUGACCUCGUCCAUCGGGCACUGGCCGCACCUGGGCAUGGAUAUGUGCGAGGAGCAUGAGGAGAAGCUGAAGCUUUACUGCGAGGACGACCAGCUCCCCAUCUGUCUGGUGUGCGGCAUGUCCCGAGACCACAAGACCCACAACGUUAUACCUAUCAUCGAGGCUUUUGAAAACUACAGGGACAAGCUCUCUGUGGCCCUGGAGAGGGUUCAGCUACAGACAGAGGAGGCCACGCUCUUCCAAAAACAGACAAAUGAAAAGAUCCUCUUCAUUAAGGAGCGAGCAGGAGACCUGGAGGAGAUGGUCUCUGCAGAGUUUGGCCGUCUGAGGGAGUUCCUUCUCGAGGAGGAGGAGCGCAUCAAGGAGAAACUGCAGAGGCAGAAAGAAGAGAAGCUCAACCAGCUGGAGGGGGCACUCACUCAGGCGACGGAGCAAAUCAGCCAACUGGAGAGUACGGCCGACCAGCUUCGCCUCAAGCUGAGGGAGGAGGAAAACCCGGAGCAGCUCAAGGGAAUCAAAGAUUUCAUUGGAGGGGCUGAGAGCUUGUUUGAGCGCCCUCCAGAGGUGGCCACUGAUCUGCAGGCAGGAGAGUUUCUGGGACCUCUGCAGUACAGGACCUGGAGGAAAAUGAGCUCCAUUUUCCAGCCAGGCGUCACAGCAGUGACCCUCAACCCGGACACAGCCUACCCGUGCUUGUGGGUUUCCCCGUGUCGGACCAGCGUCCAGGUGGGCAAACUCCAGCCCAACCUGCCCAACAACCCGGAGCGCUUCACCCGCUACAACAUCGUCCUGGGCUCUGAAGCCUUCUCCUCUGGCAGACACUACUGGGAGGUAGACGUGGGCUCCAAGACUGCGUGGGGUCUGGGCGUGGCCACUGCUUCUGUCAACAGGAAGGAGGAGAUCAGCCUCUGCCCAGAUGACGGUUUCUGGACCCUUGUGAAGAGGGACAACGGCAAUGGCACCAGUGAGUACGAAGCAUGCACCGACUCGGAGGACAGCUUAUUAUAUCCCUCCGAACCCCCCAGGAGGGUGGGGGUCUAUCUGGACUACGGUCGUGGUGAAGUGGCGUUUUACGAUGCUGGAAACAUGAGCCACCUCUUCACCUUCUAUGAUGCUAAAUUCAAAGAGCCCGUUUUCCCGUACUUUAAUCCCUGGCCGAUUAUCAACGGACACAACCGGGAGCCGCUCACCAUAGUAACACCACAUUGGGGAUAGAUGCCCUUUUUAUCACAGGACUGAUGUUCUGCAUCAUCAGUUUUAGAAUAAAACUGCAAAGGAGAUUCAGGGGCUAAUGACCUCAGAUGGACUCAUUCAUUAGCUUUCACACAUUCUUGUUAUAAAGACUUUACUUAUUUAAUGAUAUGGUGAUGGUGAACAUGCAGGUAAUGAUAAUAUUCUUGGACUGGAAAUAUGUGGAUGAAACUACUAUACGACACUUUAAAGGAUAAAUGUUGUCAACAUUCCCAUGAAAAGACCAAAACAACAGUGAAUUUAUCCUACUAACAAGUAUUCUCUGCGUUGCCAAAACCUGAUAUAACUUUUUCCUCAAUUCAGUAGACAUUCAUUGUUGUUCAAAAGCUUUUUAACAUAAUGAGCCACACUGUUGCUCUGGAUGACAUGCUCUGUCAUUAUGAACACACACACACACACACACACACACACUGUAGUUUUGAUUAAAUCCCACUAACACCCUGUUGUUACUCACUAAAGCACCAAAUAUGUAUUCAUCCACUGGUGAAAAUAGUCCCAUAAAAAAACUUGCUAUUUCCCCCUUAUUUACAUUUUCUGUAUAAUCUACUCCUGUAGAAAUUAAUGGUGCUUGGAGCUAGCAGCCUAAAUAAGUACUGAGAGGUAUACCAGCAUGUUAUUGGUUUUAGUCUUUUCCAAAGGAUUUGUUGACACUAAGAAAAAUAUAGACCAUCCUUUAAGAUCCUUUAAGACUUUGGUUUUGAAUUCAUGAGAAAAAUGCAUAAGGCAUGUUGCUUGUAAAAGAUGUAAUCAAAGACUUUACUGGUAGAGUCUUGGCAAAAAAGAUUUUAAAAUUUUAUUAAUAAUGUUUCCUCAAUAUCUUACUGCAUGUUUUGAAGCAAUAUCUAACAAUAUAACAUAACAUAACAUAACAUGAUAUAUUUUUGCUGUUUUUAUGUAUCUUAUCCUGUUAUUGUGAUUACAUAGUACAUCUAAAGCAAUGAUGCAUAUAACUGAUCUGAAAUUUAAAAUUAUGACCUCUAUAAGUGAACACUUCUCACCUCACUCCACCAUCACAUUUGUCCAACACUACACCUCUAAAAUGUGAUUUACAUAUAUUUUCACUGUGUUUAUUUUAUUUUUUUUUUGCAUCCAAGUUAAGAUCAGAGUGAACACUGUCUAAAUAUUUGGCAUGAGAGUUUAAUAAUAUGAUUAAAUUUCCCACCUGAA